AUGAACGUUAGUGUGAAUUUAUCAAAAAAUGCACGUCAAAUUCAAUCGGAAGUUCAAAAUGAGGCAGUUUAUAAGAAGCCGUCAUUUCUAAGUCGGAUAUUCGAGUUAUCGGUUUCCUCAUUAUUGAGAAAAUGCCGAAAAAGCGCUAUUACUGUAGACGACCUUCCAAGUCUUGAGGACGAUGACUACUUGGCAAAUUUCAUGAAAGGAUACAAAUGGAAGAAGAGAGUGACGGUAUCUCUAAUAAUGAAGUUUUGGAAAUCAUUCGUUGUUGCAUUUGUAUUCCGUCUAGCUGCAAUAUUCGCUGACUAUGCAUCAAUUUUACUUUUAAAGUAUUUAAUUGACGCUGCUGAAGUUUCCGCGCCUCUAUUCACUUUCUUCGUCAUAUCUGUCCUCAUUUUAUUUUUUAUGCAGUUGAAAUCAAUAUUGUUUGGUGCUCACACUUAUUUUGUUGGGGAAGACAGUGCUCUGAUGUGCGCUGUAUUGAAUAAUCUAAUUAUCAAAAAAGCAUUGAAUUUAACAGCUGGUGAGAAUGAGUGGACAAAUGCAAGAAUCGCGAAAUUGGUUACAACUCAUUCCGAGGCGAUUGCGAAUUCUCUAUUGUUCGUUCAUCAUUCAUGGGCAACCAUUGUUGAAUUGACUAUUGCCCUUUUAUGGAUUUGGGAAACUCUCAGUCAUCGCACUAUUAUCACCGUACUCGUUGUAGCAAUCGUCUAUCUAGUUCUCAAUAUCCUUGACUCGUUUAUAUACAAACGAUACUUGAAACGACAAAUGGACUUGCGAGAUCGAAGAGUUGAGCAUGGAAAGGAGUUUUUGAAUUCAAUUGAGACUAUAAAAGUAUUCGCAUGGGAAGACGAGUUUAAAAAAAAGCUUCAAGUUUUCCGAAAAGAUGAACUUGACUCGUUCCGCAACACCUCUUGGAUUAAUGGAAUCAUGCAUUCCCUAAACAUCACUUCUCCUUUUAUAGUAAUGUUUGUGAGCUUCGCCGUUUACGGUCUAAGUUUUGAAAUCGAAGCUCUCCGAUUCGAAGACGCCUUCGUCCUAAUUGCUGUUUUCAAUUAUAUGAGUCGUCCUCUUUAUACAGUUAUGCCAUCAAUCGAUUUCCUUAACAAGGCAUUCCAUUCGGCGACGCGAAUCAAUCAGUUCCUUCUCGCCCGACAAUCACCAAAUCAAUAUGCAAAGCGUGCGCCCACUCAGGCCACCGAAGCGGAUUAUGACGUGAAACUGGAAUCGGCGAGCUUUUCGUGGCACGGCUCUUCGGUGGAUUUGAAGGAUAUUAGUUUGGAAGUAAAAAAGGGCGAAUUCCACUCAAUUGUUGGAUUUCCACUAUGCGGAAAAUCAUCGCUGCUCUGCGCUAUUAUUGGAGAGCUGACAUUAACGAAGGGAAAACGCUGGGUGUCCUCAAAUAUAUCAUUUGCACCGUCGAACCCAUUCAUUUUUACCCAAACAGUAAAAGCUAAUAUUCUUUUCGGGAAUCAGUUUGACAAAGCGAAAUAUGAUGCGGUUAUUAAUGUUUGCGAUCUUCGGAAGGACAUAUUCAACUUUCCCAGAUGCGAUGCAACAAUAAUUGGCGAGAAUGGAUAUGUUAUCACUGACACCCAGAAGGCUCAAAUUUCCAUUGCCAGAUGCUUGUAUGAGGAUGCUGAUAUUUAUGCUCUUGAUAAGGCGUUUGCCCCAAUGGAUCGCAUAACUGCCAAAAAGAUAUUUGACAAACUCUUUGGUCCCAAAGGCUAUCUGAAAGAGAAAACUGUGAUAUUUGCAACAAAUAAUAUCAGAUUCACUAAAACCUCGACAAUGAUUCACGUGAUGAAUGAUGGUAAAAUUGAGAAUAGCGGAACUUUUGAAGAAUUGGUAGAGGAGAGCGAAAUCCUGAAGAAUCUUUUAGAGCAAAGCGAAGUAGACGAGAGGCUAGACGAGAAAAAUUUGAACGAGAAACCUCGCCGAAAAACGGUGAUGUUCGAUGUGGAGAAAAUGUCACUCAAAAAGAAGAAACCAGCGAAAGUUCAAGAAGAAGCAACUGUGAUUAAGAAAAGAAAUACAUAUCUAUAUUAUUUCCGCUGCUGCUCUAUUCCCCUAUUCAUUCUAUAUUUUGUGUUCUUGAUUGUCCGCUUCGUUCUUCAUGCCUUCACCUUCUUCUGGCUCUCAUUUUGGCUGGAUCCGUCAUGGAAGAAAGUCGAAUGUCCAGAUUGCCCCCAAUACGUUUUUCUUCAGAUGCUCUCAUUUUUCGCCGUGGCCGCAGUGGUUUCCAAUGCUCUUGCCUAUAUGUUUUCCAUUUUGACCAACGUUGAAGCAUCAAGACGGAUUUAUAAGAAUAUCGUCGAUGCCAUGUUCUCCGCCCCAAUGCACUUCUUCACGACGGCUAAUGUUCAAGAAAUUGAGCGGCUUUUCACAUCGGACCUUGACAUCGUGGAUACUCAUUUUCCAAUGUAUCUUCGAUCAUUUUUAGACACUUCUCUACAUAUUUUGAUGGUUUUUGCAAUUGUCUCAAUUAACCUCCCAUUCUUUUUGAUAUUCGUUGUCGGUUUUGUCGUCUUCUUUUUUGCGAUUUUGAAAUUUUAUUUUCCAACGUCUCACAAGAUUAUUCAUUUGGAAACACAGAAUCGCGCAACAUUUUUGUGUUCCGUUACACAAAAUUUCGAUAGCCGAAUGAUGGUUCGAGUGUUUGGAAAAGCAAAAGCUGCAACAUCUGAAAUCGAAUCACACGCCGAUGUAUUAACGAGAUGCCGUUUUGCUCAUUUGUCAGCAUUCCGCUGGCUCUCGUUAAGAUUAGAACUUGUUUCCAAUCUCGUUAUAUUCUCAUGCUUCAUUGUCGCUUCGUUAACAAGAUAUUUCGAUUUGGUGGCAAAUGCUCAUUUCGCCUUAUCAGUGGCGGUUAUUCUUUCACUCACCGAGCUUGUAUCAACAUGCUUACGCGUCAUCUGCACCCUUGAAUCAUACGCUCCGAAUAUUCAAAAAAUCUGCCACUCAAAAAAUUUCCCCAAGGAGAACUUGAAUAAUAUACUGGCGGUGAGAGACAGUUGGCCUGAUGAUGGCGGAAUUGAAAUUGAAAACCUCAAUGUCUUUGUUAACAAAGGGAAACACAUACUGAAGGAUAUCUCAAUUUCUGUUGGAGGUCAAGAAAAACUAGGAGUAAUUGGAAAACCCGGCUCUGGAAAAACUCAGCUGGCACUCUCAUUAAUUGCAAUGACUUCUGCCGAUGAUGAGAGUCGUGUGUUCAUUGACGGUGUUAGUGUGUACGAUAUUCCUACGAAAAUUCUAAGAUCUCGGGUUACUGUCAUACCGCAGAAAGCGAAAAUCUUCAACGACACACUUCGAAAUAACCUCGACCCGUGCGAACAAUUCGCUGACAGCGAUAUUUGGUUGGCAAUUGAAUCGUGCCAAAUGAAGGAGUUCGUUAAGAAUUUAAGCCAUGGAAUUAAUCAAUUAAUUUCACCAGACCUAAUUAGUGAAGAUCAGAAAGAGCAAAUUAAUGUGUGCAGAGCCCUCCUUAAGGGAGGCCAAAUUUUUGUUAUCGAUCAAUCAACACAAUUCAUGAAGGAACCCACCAAAGAAUUAGUAGAAGAGGCGAUCCGUGAAAGUUUAAAACAAUCGACAACAAUUACAAUUGGCGAUAAUUUUGAAGAUGUCGAGCACUGUGACAAGGUCGUCGUCAUUGAGAACGGAGUUGUUGUGAACAUCGACACCCCCGAGAAUCUAAUCUCAAAGUACGGCACGCUUCAAGAAUAUCUACUCGUGAGACCAGUUUGA